AUCGUAAUCCGGAAAGCAAUAAUUAGAAGCCCCCAGUCCCCCACCUCCUCCUGGCUCCUCCUAAUUGGGUGAUAGAUAUGCAGACUUUUCUAGUUUAAAAUUUCAGGAUUCCUGCGUGGAUGAUUCUCUCAACCUAGCCUACUAGUUGACUUGAUCCAUAUUAUACCAUCGUUAUAUCAAUCUAUCUCCUUCUGCUUCACUUGCUUCCAACUAGAGUAGAAUCAAACAACAAGAUGUAUUAUCACUUCAUUUCACUAAUCUACCUCUUCUGGUCUACCACUUGUUCACAAGCUCACUCGUUUUGUGAUGCUGGGGUUACUGGGUAUGGACCAGAAUCUGGUUGUGGAGCCUCAAACAAAAUAUUGAUCAAGGGUGGAACUGUAGUCAAUGCUUAUCAUCAACAAAUUGCUGAUGUUUAUGUUGAAGAUGGUUUAAUUCUUGCAGUUCAGCCCAAUAUUAAGGUUGGGGAUGAUGUUACUGUUCUCGAUGCCACUGGAAAGUUUGUGAUGCCAGGAGGAAUUGAUCCUCACACCCAUUUGGCCAUGGAGUUCAUGGGGACUGAGACUAUUGAUGACUACUUUAGUGGUCAGGCUGCUGCAUUGGCUGGUGGAACAACAAUGCAUAUUGAUUUUGUUAUUCCUGUAAAUGGGAGCUUGCCUGCAGGCUUUGAAGCCUAUGUCGAAAAAGCAAAGAGCUCUUGCAUGGAUUAUGGAUUUCAUAUGGCAAUCACAAAAUGGAAUGAUGAUGUUUCAAAGGAUAUGGAAAUUAUGGUAAAGGAAAAAGGUAUCAACUCGUUCAAGUUUUUCAUGGCAUACAAGGGUUCUCUUAUGAUUAACGACGAGCUUUUACUGGAGGGAUUCAAAAAAUGCAAAUCUCUUGGGGCUUUGGCUAUGGUUCAUGCUGAAAAUGGAGACGCUGUAUUUGAAGGCCAGAAAAGAAUGAUUGAACUUGGCAUUACUGGUCCAGAGGGACAUGCUCUUUCAAGGCCUCCAGUGCUAGAAGGAGAGGCAACUGCUCGAGCUAUUCGUCUGGCUCAUUUUGUUAACACUCCCUUGUAUGUUGUUCAUGUCAUGAGCCGUGACGCGAUGGAAGAGAUAGCAAGAGCUCGAAAAUCAGGGCAACGAGUUAUUGGGGAGCCAGUUGUAUCAGGUUUAAUCCUUGACGAUUCCAGCCUUUGGGAUCCUGAUUUCAUCUCGGCUGCCAAGUUUGUCAUGAGCCCCCCUAUCCGUGAAUCAGGACAUGGCAAAGCGCUUCAACAAGCAUUGUCAACAGGGGUUUUGCAGCUGGUGGGAACUGAUCACUGUACCUUUAAUUCCACACAAAAAGCUAUUGGUGUUGAUGAUUUUAGGAAGAUACCAAAUGGGGUCAAUGGUAUUGAGGAAAGGAUGCAUCUAGUUUGGGAUACCAUGGUGGAAUCUGGCCAAAUAUCUAUUACUGACUAUGUUCGGAUAACAAGCACCGAGUGCGCGAGGAUAUUUAAUAUCUACCCAAGAAAAGGAGCAAUACUUGCUGGAUCUGAUGCAGAUAUAAUUAUACUCAAUCCUAGUUCAAGCUUUGAAAUAAGUGCUCGUUCCCACCAUUCAAGAUCGGAUACAAAUGUCUAUGACGGACGUAAAGGGAAGGGAAAGAUUGAGGUAACAAUAGCUGGUGGAAGAAUUGUCUGGGAUAACGGUUUCUUGAACGUCGUCCCGGGGUCUGGCAAGUACAUAGAAAUGCCACCUCACAGCUAUCUUUUUACUGGAAUCGAUAAAGCAGAUGAAAACUACAUCUCCUCUCUAAAAGCUCCAGUAAAACGGUACAAAGUGGCAACUUAAAGAUUAGGUUCUUCUCUAAUUUACAUCUUAUAGUUUUAAAAUAUAAUCAGUUAUUGUUAAGCCUAGAGCUUUAGCCUAGGAUUAAUUCAAAAGAAAUGUGGAUUUAAGUUGUAGAUAUAAUUGGGUUAUUGGUAUAUCAAUUUGUAAUCAUCAGCAUCAUAGUUCAUGUAUAAACUUGAAAACAACAUUUAAUACCUUGCAAUCCUGGCUUUACAUUGUUUGUACUUCAUUCAGAAUGUUAUGCCAAAACCAAUUGUGAUUAUGACA